AUGAAAACGGUCGGUAUCGCGUACAACGAUCUCAUUCCGGAGGCGCUGGAUCUGGCCCAUGCCAUCGUGGGCGAAUUGAACCUCGGCGCGAACAGUUGGAUCUUGAGGGCCGAAGACGCCGAAGAUCUGUACGUGCGCGCCGCAGAAACAGACCUCGUCAUUACCAUCGGCGGCGAUGGGACGAUCUUGAGGGUUAACCGGGCGAUAGCUCCCCGGGGGAUCCCGUUGCUGGGGAUCAACAUGGGCCGCUUGGGAUUCAUGACCGAACUGACCGUGCCCGGCGUGAUGGAGCAAUUGCCGCGCUACCUGGCCGGCGGCAUGCGCGUGUCCGAGCACAGCAUGUUGAUGGCAUCGGUGUAUCGGCGUGGUGAAGACGAGGCGUCGGUCGCCGAGGGACCCUACCACGCCCUGAACGACGUGGUGCUAUCCCGCAGCCGCGUGUCCCGGGUCAUCACGGUCCGGGCGGUGAUCGACGGCGCGGACGUGUCGACUUUCCGCGCUGAUGGGGUAAUUCUGGCGACGGCAACCGGCAGCACCGGUUACAGUUUCGCCGCCGGCGGGCCAAUUUUGGACCCGCUUUCAGACGACGUGGUGCUGACUCCGCUGGCGUCCCACGUGGGUCUGACGACCACGCUGGUGCUGCGGCCGACCAGCAGCGUGGACUUUCACCUGGAGGGUUCGCAGGAAGCGAUCAUCAGCGUGGACGGGUUCGAGAACCACCCGAUUGCGCCGGGCGACUGGGUGCGCAUCACGCGCAGUCCGUACCGCGCGAGGUUCCUGAGAGCCAAUGAGCACAACUACUUCUGGGCGACCCUGACGCGACGACUGGGGUUAAGCCUGCAAGGGCGAUAA